CCGGUGAUCCUAUCACUUCACCAACACCAAACACGGACACGGUGGCCUCUCCUCUCUAAUCCCGUGCUCCCAAAAUAAAUAAAAAUAAAUCCAGAGGAAAUCUGUAUUCGCUCGCCGCAAAACACAGCACUAGAAAAUCGAUGACCUAAAUUCCAUAGAGAGAGUCAGAUAGAGCGAGAGCGAGGAAAAAAAAAAAAAAUCCCAAUCCACCCCCCGCCGCGAGAUCGCCGGGCGCCGCCAUGUCGACUCCAGCCGCCGCCUACUACGCCGCCGCCGCGCGCAAGCAGUACUUCUGCUACCAAUGCAACCGCACCGUCCUCAUCGCGGUCUCCGCCGCCGCCGCCGGUGAGCUCUCGUGCCCCGAGUGCCACGGCGACUUCGUCGAGGAGGUCACCGUCCCUGCCCCCACCUUCAUCCCGCUCCCCUUCCCGUUCCCCUUCGCCUCCUCCACCACGAUCCCCGCUGGCAGCAACGCCCCCGCCCCCGCCCCCGCCCCAGCAGCAGCCGGCUCCGGCGGGUCCCCUACCUUCUCGUCCUCGUCCUCCUCCGCCGCGACCUCCCCGUCCCAGCCCAACGACAUCUCCUCCAUCCUCAGCAUCUUCCUCGGACUCGGCCAACAGCACCCCAUCAGGUCCGGCGGCGGCGGCGGCGGCUCCGGCUCGCGCGCCGCCGCCGGCACGGCCACCCCCGAGAACGAGCCGGAGCCCUUCGAUCCGGUCAUGUUCUUCCAGAAUUACAUCCACAGCCUCAUGGAGGGGGGCGCCAACAUCCAGGUCCUCCUCGACGACGCCAGCGUCAACCUCGGCUCCGGGCCCGGCCUCGGUCGCUUCGGCGGGGCAAGCUUUGGGGAUUACUUCGUCGGCCCGGGCCUCGAACAACUCAUCGAGCAGCUCGCCGAGAACGACCCCAACCGCUACGGCACGCCGCCGGCUGCCAAGUCGGCCCUCUCCUCGCUCCCCGAUGUUGUCGUGACUCACACCAUGGUUGCAGCUGCGGAGGGCGCUGAGUGCGCCGUCUGCAAGGAGGAUUUCUCGCCUGGGGAGGUGGCCAAGCAGAUGCCCUGCAAGCACAUCUACCACACCGACUGCAUCGUGCCGUGGCUUGAGCUUCACAACUCGUGCCCCAUCUGCCGCUUUGAGCUGCCCACUGAUGAUCCUGAUUAUGAGGGGCGGAAGGGCUCUAAUCCUCCUCAGCCGGCUGUUGGUAUUGCUGCUGCUGCUGCGGCAUCUGGGAGCUCUACUGCUGCUGAUGGACAAAUGGAGGAGAGGCAGGAUAAUCCAAGGGUGGUUGAGAGGAGGUUCAAUGUGUCGCUGCCAUGGCCGUUCAGUGGAUUGAGUGGGCAAACAUCGCAGCAGGAUGGGAACAAUGGAGGCAGUGGUAGCAACUCACAAGGCAGUGGCUCGCAAGAUGGUGGCCCACCCAGCAGCAAGAAUUGAUCACAAAUCAGCUGGAGGUUCACCUUUUGGCGAUCUGUUGAAAAGUCUAUGCAGUAUUUAUGUGUCACCAUGACUAUACCUACAGGAAUUUACAGUCUGUUUGUUGUGGAACAAUCGUUUGUCUUUAGUUCUCUUGCUGUUCGUUAGGUCAUCAUGCAGACAAGGCGCAAAAAACUGCCCCCGCAGCAGAAUCUGCGCGUUGAGACUUUGUGUAGAUUUAUUGGAUGAUCUUGGUCUGUGAAAUGGUGAAUCCCAAAUCCAAUCUUUUAACUUGUA